AUGGACGAACACUCCGAUAUCGAUGACUCUCCAUCGAAACCUACAAAGCGACUCCGACGAACUCGUGAAGGGGCGAAGGCUCUCCUACACAAGCUCCGUCGUAAGAAUCACGACAUGACCACUCCAGCCAUAGAGCUCGAGAUUAUCCCGCUGCCCACACCGGACAAUGCUGCACCGACACCUACGUGGCCCGGCUUGCGGCCUGUCGAUGAGUUCGCUGACUAUGACUGGGCGUCUGCAUUUGCGAAUUCGCCAGGCAUAGGCGCCAUUACGACCUCGCCCCAACCCGCGCACGGAUCCAGCUCACGGCAGCUGCAAGAGGCUGCAGCUCGGGCACGGGAGCGCGAAGUCAAGGCCACUGUAGCUGCGAAGGCAUCACUAUACAAGAACGCGCGGGAAUUGGGCGGUACCUCGCGCUUCGAACUCGGCCAUGGGUGGACGCGGUUCGUACACUUCAUGGGCUACGUGUACUACUACAACCAUGACCUCCAUACUGUGACGCGGGAUAACAUCGAAGAUGAAGAGAUGCGGAAGGCUGUGGAGGAGGCCUCAAUUGGGGUCCGCAACGCGUUGGAACAGGACGGGCUUGAGGACCACAUACCUGAAGACUGCGAGAUCAUCAUCGGCGAUGAAGCAGAAACUGCUGUUGCAAUACAUCAUCCCGCCAGGCGGAUAUACGAUACAGGCCCUGAGGACCCAUCUGAGGUACUCGAAGUCCGAACAAUGACAACUGAUUAUUGGGACUGGGCCGAACAAUUUCCCAUGCAUCUAGAGUACAACAACCUCCAUUCCGUCGAGGAUAUGUUUCUGAAUGCCCUUACCUAUGGCGCCAAUGUACGCGUUCUUGAAGACAAGGACAACGACUUUCCUUAUACCGAUGAACAGAUCGCCAAGAUCAUGCGCACGUAUCGGCAACAGAGAGUCAUCUCUACUGGAGAUAUCCGAGCCAACUGCUCGUUCAACUGGCACAUCGCUCGGCUGCUACGCGAAGUUCAGAGUGCGCGGACUCUCAGUCCAAGAAAAGGCUGUUCCAGUGCCGUCAAGGCUGCCUUCGAUUUCCAUCGAGUGUCUAAAAAGCAUCGGUCAUCAUGGCAGCUAGAAGCCGCAGAAUACCUACUGGCAGGAAUCCUUUUGGGUGCGCACAAACUGUACUUUGGGAGGCUGAAGAAUGUCCGCAUGGGACCGUCGGUGCAUCUCACGGAUUUUCGGGACACCGUGCGGUCAUUUCUAAACGAAUGGUCCAAUUCCAACCUGCUGGCCACUGUUUUCGUUGGACAGAACAUCAGUGGUUUACAAAAGACUGCAUCGCUGGCAUCAAGCAUAUUCGCACUCCUUAGUGCCGGCACCGGCGUGCAUCACGUCUGGCAACAUCGUGCUCACGUGAACACCGAUAUCAUGAAUGCUGUCAAGUAUCUCAACCAUAUGCGGGACGAUUAUCUGGAUGCCCCGUCCGAUAUGCUCGAGACAGACCUUCUUGUCACAUCCGCCUUCCUUUCCGUGCCAUUCUCCGCGCUGCUCUGGUCUAUGCUGUGUUUCACAAUCGCCCUCGCCGCCCUCUGCAUUCAGAGCACCAUAUCCGGAGGGCGUGUCCUUCUCGCGCUCACUAUGGCUAUAUUCGGAUUGGUAGCCCUCGCGACCUGGUGGUUCUUCAGGCACAUCUGGAAGGCGUCGCGAAGCGAGAGUGAGGUAUCGGCCCCCCAUGCGAGGGUCAGAACGUACAUUAGUAGGACGUUCCCUGAAGUGUCAUUUAUUCGCGAGGCGUUCCAAGAAAUACACAGGUGA